CUAAUUACGUUGAAGCGUCCCCUGCAUCACAGGCUGAACGGAGCUGGCGCAGCGAUGGACGGUCACCGGUACUCGUCCUGAUGUCAUAAGCGAUGACAUAAGCAGCGCAUGCCCAUUUGUGGUGAUGCCCGGCGUCCCACAUUCGACGGCCUAGUUAUAUAUUCAGCCCGUUUGUAACGCACCCGCUUUCGCUAGCUCUCAUCAACAUCCCGCUCCUGCUUUGAGCAUCUGUAACGUUCCCCACUUGCCCGCCGAUGGCCUCUGCACCAUCUGUGCCUCCUGUCAACAUCAUCAACGUACGCGCUGCCAAAAAUGCGACUAAUGGCGAAGGUAGCAUCCGUGACCAGAUUAUCGCGGGCCUGUCGCGCCCAGCAGGCCAAAAGUCUCUUUCAACGAUGCUUUUGUAUGACGAGCGUGGCUUGAGGCUGUACGACGACAUUACCACCAAGGCUCCCGAAUACUAUCUGUUUCCCGCUGAGGAGCAGAUCUUUAAACAACAUGCGGACGACAUUGCUGCUGCCAUGCAUGCGCGUGAUGGCGGUAAGCUGAAGACGGAGGAGGCGAUUGUCGAGCUCGGAGCAGGAUCCCUCAGGAAGACUUCUCACAUCCUCCGUGCACUCGCAGAACUUGUACCACCCACUGUGGAGUCGCCGAUAACCUACUAUGCCCUCGACUUGCAAGAGAGCGAGCUCAAGAGGACGCUGGAGGAGCUCAAUCGCUCAGAGAUAGGAGCUAUGAUCAACGGCAAGGUCACUACGCAGGGGCUUUGCGCCACUUAUGAUGACGGACUCAACUUCAUACAAGAGGGCGGGCUCGAAGAUCGUGGCGACGUCGAUCGCCUGUCCAUCAUGCUAAUUGGAGCCCACAAGCCAAGCAGGGACACGUCUCCCAGCGCCACGUCCGAUUUGUCCGGAAGAGACAGCGUGGAAGCGGAUUCAACUCCGCCCUCGACUCCGGGCGCGCGGCAGCCCGUGCACUUGUUGUUCCUGGGCUCAUCUCUCGGCAACUUUACUCGUGGGGAGGAUGCUGCGUUCCUGCGGUCCUUGCCAUUGAGACCCGAUUCUGGUGAUACACUAUUAUUGGGUUUGGAUCAUGACAAUGACCCCAGCGAGAUCGAGUUGGCGUACAACGAUCCCAAGGGCAUUACGAGAGAGUUCAUAAUGAAUGGUUUACGAUGCACAGGUAGAGCACUAGGCGACGAGAGCUUGUUCGAUGAGAGUAAGUGGGAAUAUGUGGGGAAGUACAAUGCGGACGAACGGAGACAUGAGGCCUAUUACAAAUCCAUUUAUGCUCAAAGUACCGUCGAUCCCGCCACAUCAGCGAGGUAUGCGUACGAGAAAGACGAACUUGUCCGUAUUGAAGUGUCAUAUAAGUUUUCAGAACGCGAUGCCUACACGUUGUUCACAAGGGCCAAUUUGCGGCCCAUUCACCGCUGGUUAGACAGCUCCUCGAGAUACUCUUUGUGGUUGCUCGAGCGCCCACCCUUCAUGUUCCCUUUGCUCUCACCAUCUAUCGGUGCUCCUGAGAAAGCUGCUCUGGUUCCUGCAAGCAAGUCAUCUCAAACCCCCUUCGGCAUGCCCACUCUAGAUGACUGGCAGAACAUGUGGGACGCAUGGGACUUCAUCACGCAGCGCAUGAUCCCGCCGUCAAUGAUGUUCCAGAAACCGAUCGACUUACGGCACAUCUGCUUGUUCUACCUGGGGCAUAUACCGACGUUUUUGUCCAUUCAUCUCUCGCGGCUGCUGCAGGAGCCUGAUACUGAGCCCGUGAAGUUCAAGUAUAUAUUUGAACGAGGUAUUGAUCCCAAUGUAGAUGAUCCGACCCAGUGCCAUCCCCACUCGGAAGUGCCACAGCGCGAUGAAGAAUGGCCAUCACUUCCGAGCAUUCUAUCCUAUCAGUAUAGCGUGCGAGAGCGGGUUCGCAAGCUGUAUCGCGACAUCGAGGCUGGCACUGUGAAGCUGACAAGGAAGAUAGCACGGGUGCUCUUCAUGACCCUUGAACACGAGGCGUUUCACGCCGAGACCCUACUUUAUAUGCUUCUGCAACGCGCAGGCACAGGAACUAUACCUCCUUCCGGCUUCAGCCCGCCGAUGUGGUCGAUCCUGGCUGAGUCAUGGGAUCAUAUCCUGCCACCCAAGUCCUCCACGGUGACGCUCGGGCCAGCGACUAUUACUCUGGGCCAUGAUGACGACGAGGCCGAAGACUCGUCUACGGAGGUCGCUGGGCACGCUUUCGGCUGGGACAACGAGCGUCCAAAGCGAAACGUCCAGGUCGGCAAGUUCAAGAUUGAAUGGAGGCCUGUGACGAAUGGGGAGUUCUUCGACUUUUACAGUGCAAAGGGGAGAGGCUUGGUCAGCCUUCCUGCGAGCUGGAUCGAAAUCGAUGGAGAGAUUUUCGUCCGCACAUUGUACGGGCCGAUUUCAAUGAAAAUCGCUAGGGAUUGGCCAAUCGUCACUUCCUACGACAAUUUGUCGACUUAUGCCCGCGUCAAGGGCGGCCGCAUUCCAACCGAGCCGGAGCUGCGACUGUUCCUUGACAUGUUUGAGUGCGGUUACGAAGGAGGCGCUAACAUAGGAUUCCGUAACUGGCACCCUGUACCGGCUACGAUGGGAGGGGAGAAGAGCGGUGGAAAGGGACACAAUGGGGGCGUGUGGGAGUGGACGUCGACUGUGUUUGAGAAGCACGACGGAUUUGUUCCGUCGCCGCUAUACCCUGGCUAUUCCCUCGAUUUCUUCGACGGCUGUCACCAGGUUGUGAUUGGAGGGUCCUAUGCGACCAUUCCUCGACUUGCCGAACGGCGCACGGUGAGGAAUUACUACCAGCAUAACUAUCCGUAUGCAUGGGUCGGCGCUCGAAUUGCGUACGAUGUCUGAUGGAUACAUGCAUGAAACCUGCAUCUGUACUUGUAGUAUCGAAUGAAUUAAAGCGAUUGUAUGGAAGAUUUGGAACGCCUUGCGAGGCUGAAGAGUUUCAGAGCAUCGAUGAGUAUAAGCACUGUAUCGCGAGCGAUACUACAUAUGAUCCCGUCUCGUACAUAUUCCU